AACAGCGUACACACACCCAUUCAUUCACACACACACACACAUGCACACACACCGUCAGCAGUCAGGACGGACGACACUCAGCAAUCCUCCCACCCCUCCCAGCCGACACUUAGCCCUCGGCCGAUUCCUCGUUUUUGGUGUCAGUGGUCUGCUUGUUCUCGGUCUCAAAGGCCGUCAUGUGCUGAAUGGCGUUCUCAAAUUUCUCCAAUUUCCUGCAAACACGCAGCACAACACAACCACAGCCGAUGGCAGCCGUGGCCUGGCCACAAUCAGGCGCUCUCUCAGCAAGUCGGCUUAACGUACCAGCACUUGGAUGGACAGUCAGACUUCUUGAGAAUGUUCUUAUUCUGCCCAGCGUCGUCCCAGCAGUCGACGAUUCCGAAGUAGGGGCUCUCGUUGAGCGGCUCCAGACACUUGAAGCCGUCCUGAGCUGUCCUUUUCUGAAACACGCAACACACAUACAGGGGUUGCCUGUCUGUCCGUCUGUCUGUCUGUCUCUGUGCGUGUGAGAGGUGUCGGGCCAACCAUGAGUCUGAAGAAGUGGUUCUUGACCUUGUCGACGCACUCGCUCAUGUAGGCCACGUCCCACUCGUCGUUCCAAAUCUCACGCUUGAAACGAUGCUGGGGCAGACAGACAAAGAUGCCACGUGGAGAGAGAGACACCGAGACACACAGACGGAGAUGUGGACCAAUGACGGCUGGCUGUUCUGGGGCUUUUUCCUCUUGUACUCUCUUUUCGAGGGAGUAGUCCUUGGGCCUGUAGUCGCACUGCCGCAUCUGCAGCUCGUAGCUGAUCGUGUCCGUCAGAUUCUUGCUCAGCAUGCCGAGACACUACCACACACAGAGAGACGGUAUGUGUGUGUCUCCCCCCCUCUGCCCUGUGUGCGUGUGUGUGUGUGUCGUAGCUCAGCUCAGCCAACCAUGCCGUUCAUGUUUCUGAAUCUGUAUUUGCAGACGCGUGUGGUGUCCUCGUUCUUGUUGUUUUUGAACUUCUCCAUGAUCUCGGUGCAGCCGGCGCCCGGGAGGAUGGCCCAGAUGUUCUGGAAGGUGGGGUUGGACUGGGAGGGGUUCCUCCCGCACUCUGUCGAUAUCUCCAGACCUGCUGCCUCACCCUGUGUGGUUGGUGAGACACAACACAAGAUGAGAUAGAGGGUUCUCUCGGCCGCGUGUGAUAUAUUUUGUCGUCAUUCUUUUCUCACGUUGCCGGUGUAGGUGAGGCAGCCCUGCUGGCCGGCCUUCAUUGUCCAGACUGCACACAGAUAUAGAGGAGAGAGAGAGUGAAGGCGGGCGGAUGAACGGGCGUAUUAUUCUCUCUGGCUCGUUGCUGACUGUUGGGUGUCUUUUCGAUCUGCCAGAUGCCUGGGUGGCCCUUCUUUGGGUUGUCAGCAGGACAGUCCACCAGCCGGUACGCCGUGGGGGGAUCCACAUCUGUGGGUGGACGGACGGGCAGCUUGCACGUGAAAAACGCAUUGAGGUCUUCCUCUUGAUAUAUGGUUUGCUUACCGUCUCUGGCCAGGCAGAGCAGCGUCUGCUGCUCAUGAUCUGAAAGGUCUUCUCGACUGCAAAACACUCCCAGCCCAGCCCAGCCCCCAUCCACCACAGCGAUAGAGACAGACACCAACGGGGUGAUCAUUCCUUUCCUUCCUUCGUACGUACGCUGGUGUUUGAUCCUCCACAUUUGCUUCUUGGAGAUGGUCUGCCCCGCCGUGCCGGCCGACUCACACGGCUCCGUCGUCACCUUGGGCGCCCCGCUCUCCUCCUCUUCAGCGAUGCUCAGGCACACAUCGUCCCGGACGUUGCGCAUCUGGAACCGGGGCUCCUUGCAGGGGCUGUCGGCCAGCUCUGCAGCCGACGGACGGGAGGCGCCGGGAGUUAGCUUGGACACGCAGUCGGCGGCAGUGCAUGGGUCAACGAAGGCCAGCUCGAACUGACCGGAGCGCUCGAAGGGAAUGCACUCACGCUGUAGGAAAGAGAGGCAGAUGGAUCCAUGGACGAUGAGCUACGCAGGCAGAGUGUGGAUGUUCAUAAGAGUUACCAGUGCCUUAGCGUCGAGGCAUCGUUGGUUGGUGAGGCACUCGUCGGGGCAUUCAGGGGUGGUCGUCUUGAUGUUAAACGCUGCACAAACAAGACAAGACAAAAAGUCUGUGCAUGGUAGAGAAUACAUCAGCUGCUCCUCACCGCAGGCCUGACAGCUCCGUUGGCAGACAUGCAUCAGCUUAAGCCCACGCUGGACAGAGAGAAACACGUGCACCCGAAUUGGUAGGUAUAAGCAGUUUGUGUCUCCCUCCCAGUGGCCUCACAAAGAAGAGAUUGUUGGAUUUCUCCGGAAUCCAGUUCUGCAUGCACAUCUCGGCUGGGCUGGUGCCCGUCGCCAGCUUGGUCUCACACCCACCGCCCUCCUGGCUGCCCACAUAGGCGUCGAAGAUGUUGUCCUGGAUGUCGGUGCACCCCAACCGGGCCAGCAGGCUCUUGAGGGUGUUCUCAACCGCACCUGCCCCCUCGGUCUUCUCUUCAGUCGGUUGAUCCUCCUCCAGAAAGGCAGAGGGCGUUGACGCGUUGACGGCUGCACUGUGCCGAUGGCCUGCAUUGCAACAAGGAGCCAUGAUGACAGUAAGGACCGCACUGCAGAGGCGGUGCUUACCAAAUCGAAAUGUCCCCCUUGGAGAGAUGAGUGCGUCCAGCUGUUCCCUUGUUCUCGUUUCGUAGGCUUUCGCUGCUGCGAUGAUGGCCAUUGCAAUGCCAGCCACCAGCAUGAUGGCCGAUGGAUGACGUGAACAAGCCAUCAGCCGCCGGAGCGGGUUGCCGGAUGCGAUUGGAGUGUAUGGCCUGCAACGAGCCGUGGCUGCGAUGC